AUGACUAACAUCUUAAACAUCGAGGAUGAGCCGAUCUUUGACGAUCGUAUCGUUAAGAUUGAAAAUCACACGUACAAUCCGUUCGCCAACACAACAUUCGAAUACAGCGAUGAGAUAAGAAUACCUAUACAACAGCAAGAUUUAUACACGUUACCGUCCGAAAGUUUUCUAUACAUCGAGGGAAAACUUACGAUAAAAAAACCGGUUGCGGGAUCUGAUGUGACAUUGGGGAAUAAUUGCGUCGCGUUCAUGUUUGAUGAGAUUCGAUAUGAACUCAACGGUGUGGAGAUUGAUCGCAACAGAAACGUUGGAAUAACCAGCGCGCUCAAGAAUUAUAUUACUAUGUCAUCCGACAGAAUUAUGAUUGCAAAUAACGCUGGUUGGGAGCCGUGGAAUUCUCCGAAUGGAUACUUUAAUUUUUGCGUACCGCUCAAUAUGCUAUUAGGAUUUUGCGAAGAUUAUAGACGCGUGGUGAUUAACGCCCGUCAUGAGUUGAUCUUGAUACGCUCGCGCAACGAUAAUAAUUGUCUAGUUGGCGAUCCGGCGAGAGAACCUGAAAUUGAAUUAUUCAAAGUACAGUGGCGAAUGCCACACGUGCUGUUGAACGAGGUAAAUAAACUGUCGAUGCUGCGCGCUCUAGAAAGCGGGCGAUACCUCAGCAUGGCUUUUCGUUCGUGGGAUCUGUACGAGUUUCCGCUAUUACAACGCACAACUAAACAUUCGUGGGCCAUCAAGACCGCUACUCAGCUCGAGAAGCCGCGUUACGUCAUCUUCGCUCUGCAGGCUGGUCGGAAGAAUGUUAUGCUCGAUGACGCGAGCCGAUUCGAUCAUUGCAAACUAAUGAACGUAAAACUUUAUCUAAACUCAGAAUGUUAUCCGUACGAUGAUAUGAAUCUGGAUUUCGAUAGAAACAGAUGGGCAAUUCUCUACGACACGUACACACGUUUUUGUAAAAAUUAUUAUGGAUACAAUUAUCUCGAGCCGAAUCAAACUGUCACAAAUUUUCGACAUAAAGGUCCGUUUGUGAUUAUCGAUUGCUCUCGACAAAAUGAAUCGAUAAAGAGCGCAACCGUGGACGUGCGCUUAGAGUUUGAAUGCAAAGAGAACGUGCCUGCGAGUACCACCGCGUACUGUCUCAUCAUACACGAUCGAGUGGUUCAGUACAACCCGUUGACCAAUGUUGUGCGCAAAAUUACAUAA